UCCAAAAUCACCCCAAAAUAAUUUCACUCCAUUUCCUGGCGGGAAUUCCCCCAAUUUUCUCACACACUGAAACACACUCAAAACACACACACAGAGAUUCAGUUCAAUUUUAUCAACGAUACAGCCAUGGAAGACGAACCUGAAAUUCCGGAACCACUCGUUCGCCGUUCAAAAAGACCUAGAGUUCAGACUAAGGCUUUUGAUGGUCAAUUAAGAGAUAUGGUGGAUUCGGAGGAAGAAUCCGGCGACGAUGAAAUUCGCGGAAAACGUAAUCGGAAUCGACCGGCUGAAGCGGCUCCUUUCGUUGCUGCAGCGGCGCCGGGAGUUGAUCAGAGCUUAAUUGACGUAAUUAAAGGGAAUGGGAGACUUAUUCCCCAAGCUGUUAAAUCAUGGGUCGAGCAAUACGAGAAGGAGCCAAAACCAGCAAUGGUAGAACUCUUAUCGAUGUUGUUUGAGGCCUGUGGAGCUAAACAUCGUAUUCAAGGAGAAUUCUUGGAUGAAACUAAUGUUGAUGAUGUUGUAGUUGCUCUUGUAAGCCUGGCUGCACAAGGUAGACUUGAAGACCAUCAAACUAAAAAGAAGGAUGUAAGAAGUUUUAAGGAGAACCUCAUGUCCUUCUGGGAUAACUUGGUAUCAGAGUGCCAGAAUGGACCUUUGUUUGAUCAAGUCUUGUUUGACAAGUGCAUAGACUAUGUUAUUGCUUUGUCAUGUACGCCUCCCAGAGUUUAUCGACAGGUGGCUUCUUUGGUUGGGCUCCAGAUGGUCACGUCCUUCAUAGGGGCCGCCAAGAUACUUGGUGCCCAGCGACAGACUACCCAGAGGCAGUUAAUUGCUGAGAAAAAGAAAGACUCGGAGGGACCUCGUAUCGAAUCCCUUAAUAAGAGGUUGUCAGAGACACAUGAAAAGAUCACAAUGAUAGAGGAGAUGAUGCGGAAAAUAUUUACCGGGUUGUUUGUGCAUCGUUAUCGAGACAUGGAUCCUGAAAUUCGCAUGUCGUGCAUACAAUCACUUGGAACAUGGAUUGUUUCAUAUCCAUCACUGUUCUUGCAGGAUUUGUAUUUAAAGUAUCUUGGAUGGACAUUGAACGACAAGAGUGCCAGUGUAAGAAAAGCUUCAAUCCUUGCAUUGCAAAAUCUGUAUGACGUGGAUGACAAUGUGCCAUCUCUUGGGCUAUUCACUGAAAGAUUUUAUAAAAGGAUGCUGGAUCUUGCUGAUGAUAUUGACAUCUCUGUUGCAGUGUGUGCCAUCAGCCUUGUAAAAAAACUAUUGAGACAUCAGUUGGUCCCUGAUGAUGAUUUAGGGUCAUUGUAUGAUCUAUUAAUUGAUGAUCCUCCCGAAAUCAGGCAUGCCAUUGGGGCGCUUGUGUAUGAUCAUGUGAUUGCUCAGAAGUUCAAUAGCUCGCAGUCUCGUUCGUCAGGCGAUGAAAGUGAUCAGUCACAGAUUCAUCUUCUCAGGAUGCUGCAAAUUCUGAGGGAGUUUUCAACAGAUCAAGUAUUGAGUCGCUAUGUCAUUGAUGACAUCUGGGAGUACAUGGAUGCCAUGAAGGACUGGAAGCAUAUAACCUCUAUGCUGCUGGAUGAUAAUCCUUCGAUUGAGCUUACAGAUGAUGAUGCUACAAAUUUGACUCGGUUGUUCUGUGAAUCUGUUAAAAAAGCUGUCGGUGAGAAGAUUGUUCCUGCUCCAGAACAUCGGAAGCAGAACCACACUAAAAUCCAAAGGGAGAAUAUUGAUAGAAGCAGGAAGGAUAUAACUAGUAUUAUGAUGAAGAAUUACCCACUACUUAUGCGCAAAUAUAUGGCUGACAAAACAAAAGUUCCAUCACUGCUUGAAAUUAUCUGUCACAUGAAUCUUGAGCUCUAUUCCCUGAAGAGACAGGAUCAGAACUUCAAAACAGUUCUUAAGUUAAUUAAAGAAACAUUUUUUAAACAUGGAGAUAAAGAUGCUCUCAGAUCGUGUGUUAAUGCUAUCGAUUAUUGUACCACUGGAAGCCGGGGAGAGCUACAAGAUUAUGCCCAAAAUAUAUCGAAGGAGCUUGAGGAUGAGCUUAUUGUUAAAGUGAAAGCUGCAAUAAGAGAAGUAAUGGACGGUGAUGAUGAGUAUCUACUACUUGUAAAUAUGAAAAGGUUGUACGAGCUGCAAUUGAAGAGGGCUGUCCCGGUUGAAAGUUUGUAUGAUGAUAUCAUUAUGGUUGUAAAGAAUUUCCAAAAUAUGGAUGAUGAGGUGGUUGGUUUUCUUCUUCUCAACAUGUAUCUGCAUGUUAAUUGGUGCUUAUACUCAGUUACGAACAGCAGUGCUAUCUCUGAGGCAUCAUUGUCUUCUCUGAUAUCCAAACGAAACGCGUUAUUUGAUGAACUUGACCACUUUUUACAAGUUCUUCCUGAAGCUCCAAGAAAGGGAAGGUCUUCAAAUGCUCUUGCGUCUAAGGUUUGUGUAAUAUUUGCAGAAUUAUGCAUCUUGUUCAGAAAGUCGAUCUUCGUCUCAACAAAGUUGGAAAUUCUAGGAUACAUUCCUAACGUUCCUACUCUUAGAAAAUUCUGGAAACUUUGUGAGCAACAACUUGAUGUUUCAGAUGAGACUGAAGAUGAAGAUGGUAACAAAGAAUAUGUGGAAGAGACAAAUCGAGAUGCUGUUAUGAUUGCUGCUUCCAAAUUAGUUGUAUAUGGAGCUGUUCCCAAGGAGUAUCUUGCCCCGGAUAUCAUUUCUCAUUAUGUGAUACAUGGGCCAACUGUAGCUGAAGUAGUUAAAUAUCUAAUUGUUCAUCUUAAAAAAAAGGACGAUGAUGUCUCUGAUAUUUUUCUGGAGGCUUUAAAACAGGCAUAUGGACGUUAUUUGACGGCUGCUUUUACCUCCGGUGAUGAGUCCUUGACCCACAACAGACUCAAGGAAUGUAAAGAUCUGGCUAGUCGGCUUUCUGGAUUCUUUGUUGGUGUUGCUGCACGUGAUAAAUAUAGUACGGUGAUCUUGAAAAUUGUGAAGGAUGGAGUUGCGUAUGCCUUCGAGGAACAUCCACGUCGCCUGUCUUUCUUAACUUGUGCUGUUAUGAGUUUUGCAUCCAAACUUCUCAAGGCUCAUACGCUUGACGUCUUAAAGAAUCUUCAAGAUCGAACACAGAAUGUAAACACAGAUGAAGAUCCAAGCGGUUGGCGUCCGUAUUUGACAUUUUUGGAAAAUCUAAGGGAGAAAUCUUUAAAAAUCGAAGAUGAAAGAGAAGGGACGUCGGUCAGACGCCGUGGUCGGCCUCGUAAGAAACAGAAUAUUGAAGGGAAAAAACUGUUUGAUGAGAAGAGUUCAAGUGAAGAAGAGGAUGCUAUAAGCGAUGCUCCAAAUGAUGAUGAAAAUCAUGAGGAUGAAGAUGAAGGGGUCCCUCUAAUCCAAUCAAUUAGAUCAUCAGAGAAACUCAGGGCCCUAAGACUUUCCCGGGAAAACAACCGCCAGACUUUAAGGGGGGAUUCUGCACAGCCUACAGUCAAUUUGGCUGCAUCUAGGACAUCAGGCGCAGACAACUAAGAGACGAUAAGUAAGGGGUUUGAAUCAGAUAGAUAAGGAUUGUUUAUGGGGCCUGGAAUGAGUGUAAAAGUAUGUUUGGUAAGUUUGAUAGAGAUGUAGAUCGUUGCUCAUGUAAUCUUAUGAUGUAUUCAGGUAACUGGUUUUUUAGAUAUCAAUGUUCAGAUCCUAACUCAGAAAUAUUUCUUUAAUGUGAUUGUCUAAAAGUGUUCGAACAAUGUUAGCCAUUAGGCAUAAUCUUAAUAGAAGAGACUAUUUAUCAGUCA